AUGACAAAGCGUCAAGCAGUGGAGACGCUUGAUAGAUCAUUGCAAGACAUAAUGGAAUGUCCUCUGCCGUUUGGGGGAAAGGUUGUCGUCUUUGGUGGAGAUUUCAGGCAGGUCCUUCCCGUCGUGACACGAGGGACAAGAGCACAAAUCACGGAUGCUGCACUGCUGAGAUCCCAUCUAUGGGAGAACAUCCGCAAGAUACGGCUCACGCGCAAUAUGCGGGCACAGGAUGACCCUUGGUUCUCCGAAUACCUCCUCAGGAUAGGGAAUGGGACAGAAGAGACAAUUGGCGAUGACUACGUCCGUUUCCCUGACGACAUUGUCAUUGGUUAUACCGAGGAUGACCGAGCAAUUAAUAGACUCAUCGAACAAGUCUUCCCAUCGUUGCAUGCCAAUGCUAGGUCGAGAGAGUACAUGAGCACACGUGCAAUUCUUUCAACAAAGAACGAGCAUGUGGAUGAGCUGAAUGCAAAGAUGAUCUCCCGGUUCCCGGGCGAAGAGAAGGUAUACCAUAGCUUCGACUCUAUUGAGGAUGACCUGCAGAAUAAUUACACCAUCGACUUUCUAAACUCGAUCACGCCUAAUGGUCGCCCCCGCAUGUGUUGA